AUGGCGCCUUCCCUCACUGAGACCGUCACUGAGACGCCUGUGACGACCAAGCUCGUCCAGCUCUCCAAGCCAUCCAACAAUAAGUUCAACUACGUGCCCGGCCGCCAAAUCAUUGAGUCUCACGAAGACUACCCACACGAAGACCUGCGUCCUUCGUUCCCCGACGUACACUGGGAUGAGCUGAAGGAGGUCCCCUACGCGGACAAGGGUCUUCUCGGUGACCCUACCUUCCGCAACCUUCUCGAAGACGCCACCGAUGUCUUUGACUUCACCCCCAAGAUUGGCACCGAGGUUCAUGGCGUCAACCUGGCCAAGCUCUCCGAAGCUCAGAAGAACGACCUCGCCCGUCUCGUUGCUACUCGAGGCGUAGUUAUGUUCCGGGACCAGCCGGAGCUCGAUAUUGAGUCUCAACGCGAGCUGGGUGCCUACUAUGGUGUUUUGCACAAGCACGCCACCACCGCCACGCCCAAGAAUGGCAUCGACGAUGUCCACGUUGUCUACACAGACGAGGGUUCCAAAGACCAACGAGCACUCUUCAGCCCAUCAUUCCUAUGGCACUCUGAUGUCACCUAUGAGAUCCAGCCUCCUUCAUACACUUCACUCAAGGUCCUCACCGGCCCGGCCCGUGGCGGUGGUGGCGACACUCUCUGGUCGUCUCAAUACGCCGUCUACGACUCCCUCUCACCCCACAUGCAGAAAUACCUAGAGGGCCUUACUGCGCUUCACUCCGCCCAAAUGCAGGCUGACGGAUCCCGGGCAUCUGGCCGCCCCGUCCGCCGUGAGCCCGUCGUGACCGAGCACCCCUUGGUCCGGACCCACCCAGUCACUGGCUGGAAGUCUGUCUUCUUCAACCCCGGCUUCGUCACCAAGAUUGUCGGCGUGCCCAAGGUCGAGAGCGAGUUCAUCAUUCGCUUCCUGACCGAGAUUGUCACCAGCACCUACGAGCUCCAGGCCCGCUUCCAGUGGAACAAGAACGAUGUCGCCAUCUGGGAUAACCGUAUUUGCAACCACUCUGCAACAUAUGGUUUCCGCCCUCACCGCCGGCACGCUGUGCGUGUUGCGUGCCAUGCUGAGCGCCCUCGCUUUGAUCCCGCUGGCCGGUCUCAAGAAGAGGAGUUCAAUGCCACGUAUGGCCUUCCUCAAGUCAACAAGGACGGCACCGGUCAGUCCAACUACAACGAUUAG